GCAAAAUUGAUAGAUAAAUAGAUAACAAAUAAAAUAAUUAAGCAUCCAUUGGAAUUCUAAUACUUCUUCUAUACUAUUUCAAACCAAUUAAUCCAUGUGCUUGAGAUUGCAACUGCAGGGCUAGCAGCCAUGGCUUCCGCUCAUUUUCUCUGCAACAACCAUGUCUUCCACCCUUCUUGCAAUUCCUUUGCCAAAAGCAAUCUGCCUUCGUUUAGGCCAAGUGGGUCUGUCUCCUUUUACCAAAGACAAAGGACCCCAUUUGUCAAAGCCUCCAAGAAGCAGCUAGAGAUAGUGUAUGAUCCCGAUGAAAGGUUAAACAAGUGGGCAGAUGAAGUAGACAAGAAUGCUCCUCUUUCAAGGCUCACUUUGUUCUCGCCUUGCAAGAUUAAUAUUUUCCUCAGAAUAACUGAUAAGAGAGAAGAUGGAUAUCAUGAUUUGGCAUCUCUCUUUCAUGUAAUUAGCCUAGGAGAUACAAUUAAGUUCUCUUUAUCUCCUUCAAAAUCCAAGGACCGUUUAUCAACUAAUGUGUCUGGUGUACCCCUUGAUGAAAGGAAUUUGAUUAUUAAAGCCCUUAACCUUUACAGGAAAAAAACCGGCACUGACAGCUUCUUUUGGAUUCAUCUAGAUAAGAAGGUGCCUACCGGGGCAGGGCUUGGAGGUGGAAGCAGUAAUGCUGCAACUGCCCUAUGGGCAGCAAAUCAGUUCAGUGGUGGUCUUGCCACAGAGAAUGAACUGCUAGAAUGGUCAAGUGAGAUUGGUUCAGAUAUAUCCUUCUUUUUUUCUCAUGGAGCAGCAUAUUGUACUGGUCGGGGUGAAAUUGUUCAAGAUAUUCCUUCACCAGUUCCUCUAGACCUUCCAAUGGUUCUCAUAAAGCCCCAGGAGGCUUGUUCAACUGCUGAAGUUUACAAGCGUUUUCGAUUGGAUAAAACCAGUCAGGUUGAUCCUUUAACUUUACUGGAGAAGAUCUCAAGGAAUGGAAUAUCUCAAGAUGUUUGUAUCAAUGAUUUGGAACCUCCUGCAUUUGAAGUUCUCCCAUCUCUUAAAAGAUUAAAACAACGUAUAAUUUCAGCAAGCCGUGGACAAUAUGAUGCAGUUUUUAUGUCUGGGAGCGGAAGUACCAUUGUUGGGAUUGGUUCGCCAGAUCCUCCACAAUUUAUAUAUGAUGAUGAUGACUAUAAGGAUGUUUUCUUGUCAGAAGCUAAUUUCUUAACUCGUGAAGCAAAUCAGUGGUACAAAGAACCAGCUUCAACUGCUGCUUGCAGCACACCAUCUGAUUUUUCCCAGUCUGUUGAGUGACUUAUAUCUUGUAAGAAAAAUGAUCAUGAAUGUUACUUUGUGCCGAUGGUAGUUUUGUCCAUCUUAGGAAUAGUUUUUAAAGUUUAUUGUCAUGAACAAAUGAAAGCAAAAGCUCAUCUCAAAUAUUGUAUUAGUUGCAGUUUCACAGGCAAAUAAUUCCCGACGAAUUGUUCA